ACAAAAACCAUUCCCUUCUCUCCUCCCCCUCUUUGACAAAAAAUCCAAAUCCAUGGCGUCUCUUUCUCCACCGGAAGAACCCGCCGCCGCCUCCUCCUACCACCACCGUCGCUCCAAACGCUAUCCCUCCUCCACUAACGGCGUCGAAUCUGUCCCCGAGAAACGCCACAAGAUCUCUCUCCCUCCUCCUCCUCCUCAAUCAAUAUCCAAUUUCAUUUCUUCAUCCGAGAUCGAAUCAGAGUUCUCACACCACGACCCCGCCGUGGCCCGAAUCAACAACGGAAGCUUCGGAUGCUGCCCUUCCUCCAUCAUCGCCGUCCAGCGAGAUUGGCAGCUCCGGUUCCUCCGCCAGCCGGAUCGGUUCUUCUUCGACGAGCUAAAACCGAACAUCUCCGCCUCCAGAGCCGUGAUCAAACGCCUCAUCAACGCCGAGCACGACGACGAAGUCUCCAUCGUCGACAACGCCACCACCGCCGCCGCCAUCGUCCUCCAGCAGACCGCCUGGGCCUUCCGGGAAGGCAGGUUCGACAGAGGCGACGCGGUGGUGAUGCUUCACUACGCGUUCGGCUCGGUGAAGAAAUCGGUGGAGGCGUACGUGUCACGCUCCGGUGGGGAGGUGAUUGAGGUUCAGUUACCGUUUCCGGUUAUCUCUGCUGAAGAGAUAAUUAACCGGUUUAGGACCGGUUUGGAGUUGGGGAAGGCGAAUGGUAGGAGAGUUAGGUUAGCUUUGAUUGAUCACGUGACGUCCAUGCCUAGUGUCGUGAUACCGAUCAAGGAGCUUGUGAAGAUAUGUAGAGAAGAAGGCGUUGACCAAGUGUUCGUUGACGCUGCUCAUGGGAUUGGGUGUGUUGACGUGGACAUGAAGGAGAUUGGUGCUGACUUCUACACUAGUAAUCUCCACAAGUGGUUCUUCGCGCCUCCUUCUGUUGCUUUCUUGUAUUGUAAGAGAUCUUCUGGUGUUGGUGGUGGGAAUCUAAAUCUGCAUCAUCCUGUCGUGUCUCACGAGUAUGGGAACGGUUUAGCGGUUGAGAGCACAUGGGUUGGGACGAGAGACUACAGUGCGCAGCUUGUUGUGCCAUCGAUUUUGGAGUUUGUGAACCGGUUUGAAGGAGGGAUUGAUGGAAUAAAGAGGAGGAAUCAUGAGUCUGUGGUUGAGAUGGGACAGAUGUUGGUUAAGUCUUGGGGGACACAGCUAGGUUGUCCGGUCGAGAUGUGUGCGAGUAUGGUCAUGGUUGGUUUGCCUGUGUGUUUAGGUGUGUUGAGUGAGAAUGAUGCUGUGAAGCUUAGGAACCUUUUGAGAGAGAGGUUCUGCAUUGAGAUACCGACUUACUUUAGACCACCUGGUGAAGGAGAGACUGAUUCAAUCACUGGGUAUGUUCGUAUUUCGUUUCAAGUUUAUAACAAACCUGAGGAGUAUCAUAGGCUUAAGGAUGCAGUUAAUGAACUUGUGAGAGAUGGGUUCAAAUGCUCGUCUCUAUCUGAUUGAAUAAGGUAAAUGAAUAAUGCUGGUGAAAGUGAUCAUGGUUUAGGUACCAUGAGGAUUUGGAAGAAGUGAAGUAGACUUUAUAUAUAUGUGUCUGUAUUUUCUAGUCAGUCAUAAAACUUCUUCUGGAUACAGUAAAUGUGUACGAGAAGAAGACUUUGUAAGCAUUCUUCUAUUUAAUUUGCUCUAAUCGUUUUUGUACGUUAGCAAGGAAUAAAGUAAUAACAGUCACACUCUGUUCA